AUGGCCACUCUUUUCACGGUUCCGAUCACCUCAACUGGAGGCUCCAUCGUGUGCACCAACCCGACUACAAAUCAGGGCCAGGAGCAGCAGAAUAUCUAUGUCCUGACAUUCACUUCCCCGAAAGAUAAUCGGCUGACUCCGACCUUCAUCGAUGCGCUUAUUCUGGCACUGGAUAUCAUUGAGCACCGCUACCCGAAGGGCGUCGUAGUCACGACCAGCGGUAUCGCCAAGUUCUACAGCAAUGGCCUUGAUCUGGAGCUGGCGACUAGCACCGAGGGAUUCUUGGACAAAUGGCUGUGGCGUUUGUUCCGGCGUUUCCUGACAUACCCCAUGCCCACGGUCUGCCUGCUAAACGGGCACGCCUUUGCUGGUGGCUUUAUGCUCGCAAUGUAUCACGAUUACCGGAUCCAGAACCCAGACAAGGGUUUCUUGUGUGUAAAUGAGCUGGAAUUCGGAGUGCCACUCCAAACGCCCAUGAUGUCAAUUUUCCGUGAGAAGCUGACCCCGACAACCUUCCGGAACGUUGUCCUCGAAGCACGUCGGUUCGGCGGGAAAGAUUCGUUGCAAGCAGGCAUUGUCGAUGCGAUCGGCGGUUUCGACGAGGUUGCCGGUUUGAUUCGCGAUCGCAAGCUACUUAACAAAGCGGCGACCGGAAUCUAUGGCACCAUGAAGGAGGAAAUGUAUGCGCGCGUUCUCACUGGCCUGGACGACCAUGAAGGAAACCUUGCAUGGCGGGAGAAGGUGGAGGAUAAGAACGGAGAGUUGCGCGGUAUGGGCUUGAAAGAUGUGGAAGAAUGGGAGAAAUCGACUAAGGCAAAGCUGUGA